AUGUCACAACCGGAAUAUAUUGAAAUUAGAGCAUUAGGUGAUACAAAACUUUUUGAACCAAUUCAAGUUGGUCCUAAUACUUUAAAUCAAAGAAUAGCAUUUGCACCAACAACAAGAAGAAGAGCUACAUCAGAUCAUGUACCAGUAGAUUUAGAAUUAGAUUAUUAUACUAAAAGAGCUCAAGCUCCAGGUACUUUAAUUAUUACUGAAGCUACUUUUGUAAGUCCUCAAGGAUCAGGUUCAAAUUAUGUACCUGGUAUUUUCACAAAGGAACAAGUUAAAGGAUGGAAAAAAAUUAAUGAUUCAAUUCAUAAAGAGAAAUCUUUUAGUUCAAUUCAAUUAUGGUAUUUAGGUAGAGCUGCUGAACCAGCAGUAUUGAAAAAAGAUGGUUUACCCUUUUUAGGUCCAUCAGCUAUAUAUAAAACUGAAGAAAGUGAAAAAGCGGCUAAAGAAUCAGGAAACGAAUUAAGACCAUUUACAAUUGAAGAAAUUAAUAGAUUAGUAAAUGAAGAAUAUCCAAAUGCUGCUAGAAAUGCUUUAGAAGCUGGAUUUGAUUAUUUCGAACUUCAUGCAGCUCAUUCAUAUGCUAUAUCUCAAUUCUUUAACCCAGCAAGUAAUAAAAGAACAGAUAAAUAUGGAGGAUCAAUUGAAAAUAGAGCAAGAAUUUUAUUAGAAAUAAUUGAUAAAUUAAUUCCAAUAGUUGGGGCUAAUAGAUUAGCAGUUAGAUUAUCACCAUGGGCUACUUUUCAAACUUCAGAACCAGAAGGUGAAGAAAUUCAUAGUUAUAUAUUGAAAGAAUUACAAAAAAGAUCGGAUCAAGGUAAUGAAUUAGCUUAUAUUUCAAUAGUUGAACCAAGAGUUUCAGGAAGUUUAGAUGUUGAAAAAGAUAAACAAAUUGGUAGUAAUGAAUUUGCUAACAAGAUUUGGAAAGGUAAAUUUAUAAAAGCAGGAAACUACACUUAUGAUGCUCCUGAUUUUAAAAGUUUAUUAGAAGAUGUUCAAGAUAAUAGAACUUUAAUUGGAUUUUCAAGAUUUUUUACUUCAAAUCCUGAUUUAGUUUCAAGAUUAAAAAAUGGUUAUCCUUUACUUAAAUAUGAUAGAGCUGUAUUUUAUGAUCAAGAUAAUUGGGGGUAUAAUACUUAUAAUAAUUAUGAUGAACAAAAGACAUUUGAUGAAAAUAGGGAAAGAAAUAGAUAUGGUUUAGCUUUAGCUUGA